GCGACAUCAACUCUCUCCGUCUUGUCAGCUUGAAUGCAUCUUGGCGUGUGGAAAGAUGACAGAGCUCAGGGUGCCUAAGAAUGCCUUAAUGGAUAAGUUGUUCUACAGUUCAACCAGUCAUCCCCUUCUCACGAGACGACGCUACAGCGACACCUCAGACCUGUUUGCCAUGAUCGAAAGGAUGCAGGGUUACAGAAUGGAUGAGCAAAGAUGCCCACUUCCUCCUCCCCUCAAAACAGAGGAAGACUACAUCCCUUACCCCAGCGUUCAUGAGGUUCUGGGCCGCAGCAGUCCUUUUCCCCUCAUCCUGCUACCGCAGUUUGGAGGUUACUGGAUUGAGGGGACCAACCACGAGCCCAAAGGCCCCUCAGAGAAUGACCAGCCACCCUGCCCUGCAUCCCACAUCAAACUGGAGACAAACAGUACUGCGAAGAUCUACAGGAAGCAGUUUAUGGGGAAGGAACACUUUAAUUAUUAUACCAUGGACGCUGCCCUGGGUCACUUGGUCUUCUCUGUGAAGUAUGAUGUCAUCGGGGAUCAGGAGCACCUAUGCUUGAUGCUAAGGACAAAGUUAAAUACGUACCAUGAUGUGAUUCCUAUCUCCUGCCUCACUGAGUUCCCCAAUGUAGUACAGAUGGCCAAGCUUGUUUGUGAAGACAUAAAUGUGGAUAGAUUUUACCCAGUCCUCUACCCCAAGGCAUCUCAGCUCAUUGUCACCUUUGACGAGCAUGUGAUCAGCAACAACUUCAAGUUUGGGGUCAUUUAUCAAAAGUUUGGUCAGACAUCAGAGGAAGAGCUGUUUGGCAACAUGGAAGAAAGUCCAGCAUUUGUUGAAUUCCUGGAAUUUCUGGGCGAGAAGAUUGAGCUCCAUGACUUCAAAGGGUUUCGGGGUGGGCUGGACGUCACCCAUGGGCAGACAGGGACCGAAUCUGUCUACACCAACUUCCACAACAAGGAGAUCAUGUUCCAUGUGUCUACCAAGCUGCCCUUCACAGAAGGAGAUUCACAGCAGCUGCAGAGAAAAAGACACAUAGGCAACGACAUCGUGGCCGUCGUGUUCCAGGAGGAGAACACACCCUUUGUACCAGACAUGAUUGCAUCCAAUUUUCUGCACGCUUACGUGGUGGUACAAGUGGAGAAUGCCUGUUCAGACAAUGUCACAUAUAAGGUUUCGGUGACGGCUCGAGAUGAUGUACCAUUCUUUGGGCCUGCUCUUCCUGACCCCGCCAUCUUCAAAAAGAGCCCCGAGUUCCGCGAGUUCCUCUUCACCAAGCUUAUCAACGCUGAAUACGCCUGCUACAAGGCUGAAAAGUUCGCCAAGCUGGAGGAGCGUACGCGAUCUGCCCUGCUGGAGACCCUUUAUGAAGAGCUCCACAUCAACAGCCAGUCCAUGAUGGGCCUUGGUGGCGAUGAGGACAAAAUGGAGAAUGGCGGAGGCGGGGGAGGGGGUUUCUUUGAAUCCUUUAAGCGGGUGAUCCGCAGCAGAAGCCAGUCAAUGGAUGCCAUGGGCCUCAGUAACAAGAAGUCACACACAGUCUCUACUAGUCACAGUGGCAGCUUUACCCACAAUGCCGCAGAGAGCCCCAAAACCCCAGGGAUAUCACUGAUAAUUCCUGGAAAAAGCCCCACGAGGAAGAAGUCUGGACCUUUCAGUUCACGAAGGAGCAGCGCCAUUGGCAUAGAGAAUAUUCAAGAGGUCCAAGAGAGGAGCCAGGAAGUGUCGCCCAGCACACAGAAGACCCCAGACAGCGGCCACAUCUCUCAUGACCAGAAAUCAGAGAAUUCCUCCAAUCACAGUUCCCCAGAGAUGCAUGCCACAAGAAAUAGGGCUCCCUCCAUCCCAGAAGCUCAGGACCUCUCCCGCUCUUCCUCCAAUGCCAGCAGCUUUGCCAGUGUUGUGGAGGAACAUGAAAAUGAACAGGAGGCCAUAGAGGACUAUGACGCCGGACUGGAAAGUCUAUCUUUUGCUGGGACGCCACACAAGCGGGACUCCUUUGUGUACAGUUCCUGGGUGGAGGACAACGUGUCUGGGACGAGCCAGGGCAGCUCUCCAGCACCUGCUCGUCUUCAUCAGCAACUGGAAGGAGGGAAGGGAGCGGAGGGAAAAGGGACGGGGACAGACAGCCGACCCAAAAUGGAGCGUUCAUCACAGGAGCACAAGUCCUCAUCGACCUGUUAGCCCCUCUCCAUUGAUCACUACAUGGAUGUCCAUUAUCAGCAUUCCCAUAAGAGGCACCUCUUGCAAGAGACGAGACGAGGACAUGUGAGUUCGACCACUGACGCAGAGAAGGAGCAGAGCCAGAGGCCGGGUUAGGGAGGCUGACAGAUGUAUCUCUGAAUUUCC